AUGGAAGGGCAGCGGGCCUCACAAAUCAACAACGGCACCACCGCCACCACCGACACCGUUGUCGUCGAUAACGAUGACGACGUUGUUUCACCGCCACCAUCAUUGCCACCACCACCCGGCCGUGCCCGCUAUGACAACAUGUACAUCGUUCAAUUCCCAAAAGAUCAAGUCUACCGUGUUCCACCAAGCGAGAAUGCAUUGAUCGUUGAACGUUACCGUAAUAUUCCAAAAAACAACGAUGUAACAAGUCGAAAAUUUUGUUGCUGUUGUUCCCUUCGUUGCUUGCUCACCAUUGUUACAAUCCUCAUUACAAUCUUUGCCAUUGUAGGAAUAGCAAUAGCUAUCUUGUUCUUCAUUUUCAACCUAUCGGGACCCACUUUCUCAAUUAACCAUUUCGGAUUCAAAAACGGUACAGGGCCACCACAUUAUGAAAUUUCCUUGAGGGCUAAGAACCCUAAUCAAAGGUUGGGAAUUAAAUACAUAAGUUCCGAGGUUUCUUUGAUUUUCGACGAUAACGAGGUUGGCACAGGAAAAUUUCCAACGUUGUUGGAACAAGGUAAAGAUGCUAUGACACAGUUUAAGGUUGAUGUAACGGGAAAGCAUCCAUUGUCAAAGAGAAUGAAGAACACGCCCUUGGACUUAGAAUUGGAUAUGAAUCUUUGUACGAGGAUUACGGCUUUGAAACUGAGUACGUGGAUUAUGAACGCUGAUGUUGUUUGUAAGUUUAAGGUUAACAACCUUGGGAGCAAUACGAGAAUCUUGUCGCAACGAUGUGAUACAAAUUUCAGACAAUAA